AUGGCCCAGGCAGCAGCCAAGCCACGGAGUCCAGACUCACCCGAGCGGGUUCCCGACAACCCAAACAGCAUCGAGGACGCCGUGCACAGCCCAGGGAGCCCGGCAGCCGAGCCAAGGAGGAGGGCACAGGGGACACAGCCCUCCCUGGGACACGUGGAUCCUGCCGAGGCAUCUUUUGGGACUCUCUGCACCCUCAGGAGGCUGUUCCUGCUGCUCGGGGUCGUGGGGCUGCUGGCGGGGACGGCGGCUGGGACGUGGCUGCUGGUGAAACACCUGCAGGAGGCUCACCCAGAGCAGGGGUCCCCCCCUCUGCAGGAGCUGGAUGCGAUCCCAGCGUGUGGUGAUGGGGAAGAGGAAGAGCCCGUGGUCCGGGGGGCUCCCAGUACAGUGUCUUUCAGAAUAAACACGGCGAACUCCCUGCUGGAAGCUCAGCUGGAAGGACAUCCUGGCUGGCUCCUGGUGUGCCACGAGGGCUGGAAUGGCUCCCUGGGCACCCUGCUCUGCCAGCAGCUCGGGUACCUCAGAAUGACCCAUCAGAAAGGAGUGAACCUGAUGGAUGUCAGGGUGAACGAGGAGCAGCAGUUCCUUCAGGUCAGACCCCACCAGGAAGGGAGCCUGGAAGACUUGUGGCAGGUCAGGAGCAGCUGUGAAUCGGGGCAAGUCGUGGCUCUCAAGUGCUCAGAGUGUGGGCUGCCCCCCGGGGCCGUGCGGGUGGUCGGGGGGGCAGAUGUGCCCCCUGGGCGCUGGCCCUGGCAGGUCAGUGUGUGCCAGGGCUCCCAGCACCGCUGUGGGGGCUCGGUGCUGGCACAGGAGUGGAUCAUCACGGCGGCUCACUGCGUGCACAGGUACCCCAGCCCCCUGUGCCCACUGCCCUCGGGUCAGGGCACGCUGUGUUCUGUGUUCUGUGUUCUGCUCAGCUCCAGGAGGCUCCAGGGCUCUGCCUGGCGGGUGUUUGCAGGGAUUGUCACCCACGGCUCCCUCAGGCAGGAGGCCGGGGUGCCAGUCCAGGAGGUCAUUCCCCACCCGCUCUACAACCACAACAGCCUCGACUAUGACAUCGCCCUCAUGAAGCUGCGAGUGCCCCUGAAUUUCUCAGCUGCCAUCCGAGCCGUGUGCCUGCCGCCCUCCCACCAGGACCUGCUCCAGGGCACACAGUGCUGGGUCUCUGGCUGGGGCUACACCACCCCUGACCAAGCGCAGGUGGCCGGGACGCUGAAGGAGGCCCUGGUGCCCCUGAUCGGGACCCGGAGGUGCAACAGCUCGUGCAUGUACCCAGGGGAGCUCACUGCCAGGAUGUUGUGUGCUGGGUACCCCCGUGGGCAGGUGGACGCGUGCCAGGGGGACAGUGGGGGCCCCCUCGUGUGCUGGGAUGGAUCCACAUGGCGCCUGGUGGGGAUUGUGAGCUGGGGCCAGGGCUGUGCUGAGCCCAACCACCCCGGGGUCUACACCAACGUGGCCCAGCUCCUGCCCUGGAUUCACCAGGUCACUCAGAUCUACUAG